AAGUUCGACAAGACGUACGGCAUGCCCUCGACCCACUCGUCCUCGAUCGCCUUCUUCGGCACCUACCUGUCCCUGUCGUCCCUCAUCCUCCCGCUCCACCCCCGCGUCACCUCGCUCCUCCCGGGCUGGGACCGGUUCGCGACCGUCGCCGAGACGACCCUCGGCGGGCCCGGUGCCGCCCAGGUCUCGUUCUGGCGGUACGCCGCCGGCGCGUGGGGCCAGCGCGUGACGCGUGUCGCGCUCGCCGGCCUGUUUCUCGCCGGUACGGCGAGCGUGUGCUGGAGCCGCGUUCGGCUCGGGCACCACACGCGCGCUCAGGUCGUCGCCGGCGCGAGCCUCGGGUCGCUCAUCGCGCUCGGGUGGAUGAGCCUGUGGCUCGGCCUCGAAGGGUGGAGCACGCUCGUUGGGCGCGACUUGAACCGGGCGCUCGUCGGCGUGACAGGGAGGAACGCGCCCGAGUGGCUCGUGCGCGGGAUCAAGGAGCCGGCGGUCGUGUGGGAGCGGGCGGGCGAGGACGCGGCGUGGCUCGUCCUCGAAGCGUGGAAGACGCGGAGGUGGGACAUACUGCGUGAGCUGCAGUCGUUCCCUCUGACGGGCAGGCGGGCGGGCGGCGAGCUGUAGCAGACUUGCUCGGCAACUUUCCUUUUUCUACUCGC